GAGUAGCUAAUACAAUUGGAUGCACAUAAUAUGUUGAACCAUUGCCUGCUUUAAUCGAAUAGGUCAAAUUUAACUAUCAAAAUGUUGAGUUACAUAUUAUCGGUUACCUUACUAUUGUUGCACACGUCAUGUUUGUGCGCUAAGAAACCUAAUUUUGUCAUAUUUCUCACAGACGAUCAAGAUGUUGCGUUGGAUGGAAUGAAACCCAUGAAAAAUGUUCAACGACUAAUUGGAAAUGAGGGUACAACAUUCAAUAAAUCUUAUACCACGACUCCUCUGUGCUGCCCGAGCCGAGCGAGUAUUUUGACUGGCCUCUAUGUUCACAAUCACCACACUUGGAACAAUAGUGUGGAAGGUGGAUGCUAUGGUAGCUCCUGGAAACAGCUGGAAACAAGCACGUUCAGCUACACAUUGAAUGCUGCUGGAUAUAGCACAUUUUAUGCUGGGAAGUAUUUAAAUCAGUAUGGUAAACCACCAGCUGAUAGCCCGGGGAUAGUUCCCCUUGGUUGGACGGAGUGGCACGGUCUGGUGGGGAAUUCAGUCUACUUUGGCUAUACACUAUCCCACAAUGGAGUGUCACAAAAUUACUUUCUUUCGUACCUUACUGAUGUUAUCCGAAACCUGGGCAUCAGCUUCAUCAAGAACCAGACGGAGUUCCAGCCCUUCCUCAUGGUGCUGGCUCCGCCUGCCCCACACUCGCCUUUUAUUCCAGCUCCAAGACACAAGGAUGCCUUCUUCAACGUCACUGCUGUCAGACAUCCAAACUUUAAUGUCGCGUCAACGGAUAAGCACUGGAUGAUGACAAUGCCCCCCGCCCCGCUGCCACAGAGUACGAUGGCAGAAUUAGAUAGAGUAUAUAGAUCCCGCUGGGAGACUCUGUUGUCUGUGGACGAGAUGGUGGCUGACAUUGUGGAAGCGCUUGAUACCAACAAUCUGUUAGAGGACACUUACAUCAUUUAUACUUCGGAUAAUGGAUACCAUAUUGGCCAAUAUUCACAACUGUACGACAAACGCCAACCAUACGAAGCUGAUAUAAAAGUUCCGCUUAUAAUUCGAGGCCCGAACAUACAGAAGGAUACGAUAAACAAUCAACCCAUAUUAAACGUUGACUUGGCACCAACUAUCCUACGCUGGGCUGGACUCGAUGUGCCCAAAUCUAUGGACGGGAGAUUAAUUCAAUUUCAACAUGAUCAGGAUAUAGAAAGGAAGAUGCUAGUCGAGCAUUAUGGUGAAAGCGGUGAGGACACAGUACAUCCAAAGUGUCCUUGGAAAUACGAUGAUCACAAUUUAGCUCAAUGUAAUCCAAAAUAUUAUUGUAAGUGUCAGGACGCUAGAAACAACACUUUCGCAUGUAUUCGACAUAUUUCGGAACAUAUCGAUAAAAAGUAUUGUGCGUUCUUAGAUGAAAAGAACUUCAAGGAAAUGUACGAUUUAUCAAAGGAUCCGUAUGAGUUGAAGAAUAUUAUAGAUGACGAGUUGCCUUCCGUACGAGACUGGUACCAUGAUACAUUGACGCACAUGUUACAAUGCAAGGGAGUGGAAAGUUGUGAUAAAUCCGCAUAUGAUCAAGAAAGUACUGAACUAUAAUUACUGAUUUAUAUGUUUAAUCGGAGCACAUUGCAAGUAACAUUCAUUCAAGACUCUGUAGGUCAUAUAACUAACUGGCCAAAUUGCAGAACAUUGAUUUAUUCUUGCCGCUUGCUGAAUAUAAAAUGAAAAUAAUAAAUUUACACAAGGGAUUUGAAAACCUUGUUCGCAUAUUUCAUUUUUUUUCUAUUAUAUAUAACAAUAUUUAUAUAUUUUAGUUUUUAAAUUGUUAAAAUUACUGUCUUGAACACGUAGUAUGAUUAUGAAUGCUGUGGUAGCUUAUAACUGAAUUAACUCUUAUCGAUAUUAUUACUAUAUUUUAAGUUUAAGCAUGUAGAGUGUAAUUUGUUAGUUGCCCAAAUAAAUAAAUAUUAUGUGGGUUAUAUGUUAAAGGAAUGAUUGCAAAAUAAAUAAUAUUUCAAU